AUGGGCGUGUGCAUUCAAUCAACAAAAUUCAGUAUUUUAACAUUUUUUAUCAUCAGUUUAUUCUUAUGUAUUCGUAUUCCAUCAAUUAGAUCUACAGAUUCAAUUGAACAAAAUUCUAUUUCGAACAAAACUGAUGAGAACAAUCAGACUGAUGCUAUUGAUGAAUAUAUCUCAAAAUCAAAUGGUCAUAUUAUGUCUGAUUCAAAUUUUGAAGCAAAAAUAUCUGAGCCUGUAUCAACAACAGUAACAAAUGAUCUGCCGACGAUAUCAACAGAAAAUAAAUCAGAUAUUAUUGAUGAAAUAUCUCGACCGACAUCUUCUUCACAAGUGGCAGAAAAUCAAACUACGGAUGAUCAACAACAAGCAAGUCCAUCGACACCUAAAAAUAAUCGAUCAAAUAUUAAUUCAUUUGAAGAAUGGAAACAACAACAACUUCAAGCUGAUUUAUCAAAAAAAGAUGAAACUGCAAAUCAUAAUAAUCUACAAUCGGAAACAAUUUCAACAGGUUCAUCAAAAGGAUCUUCAUCGUCAACAAAUAUUCCACAAAUGACAUCUACAAUAGGUUUAUCAAAAAAAGGCAAACUUCGUAAAAAUUUUGCUAGUGCAUCAUGUGGUGCAAAAAUUCUUGCACAUAAUAUUGAAGCACAAAAUGUUCCAUCGAUUUUAUCUUCAUCACCUGAUGAAUAUAUGCUUAAUCCAUGUAAUGCAAAAAUUUGGUUUGCUAUUGAACUUUGUGAAUCAAUUCGUAUUCUCAAUAUUGAAAUUGCUAAUUUUGAACUUUUUUCAAGUGUUCCAAAAACAUUUCGAGUUUCAUCAUCAGACAGAUAUCCGACAAAAGAUUGGCAUCGUCAUUAUUUGGGUACAUUUAAUGCAUCAUAUAAUCGUACAAUACAAAGUUUUCAAACAAUGGAAUCUACAACUUAUGUUAAAUAUGUUAAAUUUGAAUUAUUAGAUUUUCAUGGACAUGAACAUUAUUGUCCAUUAAGUGUUGUACGUAUACAUGGAUCAAAUGUUGAAGAUGAAAUAAUGACAAUGGAAGAAAAUACAAAUUUAAUUGAUUCAAAAAUUUUAUUAAAUAAUCAAGAUGAAAAUGAAGAUGAUGAUGAUGAUAAUAAUUUAUUAAAUGAUCAACAAGUUGGUGGUAUUAUUGGUUCAGCUAUACUUGAUUUAGCAAAAAGAGUUUUUCGACGACCAACUAUACGUGAUACACCAUCAACAACAUCAAUACCAAUAAUAGAAAGAAAUGUAUUAAAAACUGAUUGUCAUCAAUCAGUUUUAAAUGGUUCAAUAACUAAUGAUAGUAUUAAUUCAUGGCGUCAAAGUGAUAUAUUUAAACAAUGUAUUGCUGAAUUUCUUCGUGGUAUAUGGUCAAAAUUUGAUGCAUGUGCAUUGUAUUUAUCACAUACUUGUUUUAAAUUAAAUUAUUGUUGUCAAUGUCCAUUAAUAAUGAAUAAUACUAUAAAUAGAAAUAAUCAAAUAAUAUCAACAUUAAAUUUAUAUAUUAAUCCAUGUGGAUAUUAUCAUAUAAUAACAAAUCAAUUUGUAUGUAAAAAAGAAAAAUUAAUUGAAUUAAAUGAAACAUUAUCAAUAAAUACGAAUGUUGAAUUAAAUCAGAAUAUUAUGGAAAAAGAUUUCAUUAUUUCUACUGAUGAUACAAUAAUAAUUACUGAUGAAAAUUCAAAUUUAUCUAAUAAUAAAUCUAUGUUAAAAUUUAACAAUACUUUAUUGAACGAAACUAACAAUGAUAAUAAACUAAAUCGUUCUAAUGAACAAAAUUUUUCGAGUAAUACUUCAAACGAAGCAUUCAUGAUGCCUGAAUCACAAAUAUCAUCGAAUAUAACAAAUGAAAGUUUUUCACAAACAUCUACGAUUGAAACAAUCAAUAUUGAUAGUAAUUUAACCGAACAAUCAAUUGAUACUAAUAACAUUGAUGAGAUCGUGACUGUAACACCAUCAACAUCAACAACAACAACAACAACAACAACAUCUCCAUCAUCGUCUACAAUAAAUAAUAAUAAUGAACCAAUACCACCUAUUAUUUCUAGUCCAUGGCUUAAAGGCAUGUUAAUGAAUACAAAAUCAUUACCAGAAUUAUAUAAAAUAAUUGAAAAACUUAAUUUUAAUUUAACAUUAAGUAAUCGAUAUUUACAAGAACUAAGUCAACAUUAUGUAAAGAAACUUGAUGAAACUCAACAAACAACUGAUCUUCUUCUAAAAUCAUCACAAGUUGCUGAUGAAAGAUUAGCAAAUUUAGAAGAAUAUUUAUAUCGAUUAGAAGAAAAUUUCAAUCAAAUAUCAUCUCGUUUAAUAAAACUUGAAGCAUGGAUUCCAUUAAUUAUUUUUCUCAUACUAUGUUUAUCUAUUUGGUGUCUUUGGUCAACAUAUAGUUUAUUUCGACUAAAACGAAAAUUAAAACAUAUUAUUAAUGAAUAUGAAAAAAUCUCUAAUAUUAAACAAAUCGAAAAUAAUAAUAAUGAUGAUAAUGACGAUAAUAAUAUGAAUGAUAUUUCACGUAUUUGUAAUGGUUUAAAAAAACGAAAAUUAUCAACUGAUUCAACUGAUUCAAAUCCUAAUCGUUCUCAACGUGUACCUGAUUUAACAUUAUCGAAAAUAAAAGAAAAUGGUAUUCAUAAUAUUGAACAUAAAAUAAAAAGAAAACCAUCAAAACAUAGUCAACAUUUAUUAUCAUUAAGUAGAAUGCAAACUUGA